GGGAUACUUUUGUAGCUAGAGGGCUGUGUCUGGAGGAGCGCCUAAACGUCCGGUGAAGCGGGGUGACUGAAGUCAAGUGUGGGGCCCGGCGCCGGAGGCGGGACCCUGAGCUUCCCUGCGGAGGGUACAACACAGAAGAGAAAAAAUGGCCGUUGUCCGUUUAGAAGGAAAGUUUGAGGCUUGCCUUCUGAACAAGGACUUAUCUUCAAAAUAGCACACCAGGGGAUCAGCAUUGUCUCAGUGAGAAAUGAGUGAGAGACUGGAAAGCUGUGUGCCUAAGACUAAUUCUAGAAAAUCUUUGGAAGUCAGAGUUAGAGAAGGAACAAGAAAAUCAGAAGGAAUAUUACAGGCAAGAGAUGAUAACACAUUACAAAAUGUCAUGUGUUUUCAACCCAGGCACAGGCCUACCUCAGCAUCCACGGGGUUACUCUACAGAGAAGCCCUAUAAAUGUGAGGAGUGCGGGAAAGCCUUCAGACGAGCCUCACACCUCUCCCAGCAUCAGAGUAUACACACUGGUGAGAAACCGUAUGAAUGUAAGCAGUGUGGGAAGGCCUUUAGCCGUGAUUCCCAGCUAAGCCUUCAUCAGAGACUUCACACCGGUGAGAAACCCUACACAUGCAAGGAAUGUGGAAAGGCCUUCACUCAAAGCUCACAACUGAUUUUGCACCAUAGAGUUCAUACCGGUGAGAAACCAUACAAGUGCGAGGCAUGUGGGAAAGCCUUUAUUCGAAGCUCACAGCUCAGCCGGCAUCAAAAGGUCCACACUGGAGAGAAACCCUUUGAAUGUAAAGAGUGUGGGAAGGCUUUCACCCAGAACUCACAGCUUACUCUGCACCAGAGACUGCACACUGGAGAGAAGCUUUACGACUGUAAAGAGUGUAGGAAGGUCUUUACUCAGCUCUCACAGCUUGUUCUGCAUAGACGAAUCCACACUGGCGAGAAGCCCUAUGAAUGUAAAGAAUGUGGGAAAGCUUUCAUUUGUGGCUCGCAGCUUUCACAGCACCAGAAAAUCCACAAUGGAGAAAAGCCGUAUGAAUGUAAGGAGUGUGGGAAGGCUUUUAUUCGAGGGUCACUACUUAUGCAACAUCAAAGAAUUCACACUGGUGAAAAACCCUAUAAAUGUGACGAAUGUGGAAAGGCCUUUAUCCGUGGUUCCCAGCUCACUCAACAUCAGAGGAUUCAUACCAAUGAAAAGCCUUACGAAUGUAAAGAAUGUGGGAAGACCUUCAGUCAUGGCUCACAACUAACUCAACAUCAGAGAAUCCACACCGGUGAGAAGCCCUAUCAGUGUAAGGAGUGUGGGAAGGCCUUUAAUCGCGGGUCACUCCUUACUCGACAUCAGAGAAUUCACACUGGUGAAAAACCCUAUAAAUGUAAAGAAUGUGGAAAGAAUUUUAGCCGGGGCUCAGAACUUACUCAGCAUGAGAGAAUCCACACGGGCGAGAAACCCUAUGAGUGUAAGGAGUGUGGGAAGUCCUUUAUCCGUGGCUCCCAGCUCACUCAGCAUCAAAGAAUCCACACAGGUGAAAAGCCGUAUGAGUGUAAAGAAUGCCGGAUGGCCUUCACCCAGAGCUCACAUCUUUCCCAACAUCAGAGACUUCAUACCGGGGAGAAACCCUACGUGUGUAGCGAGUGUGGCAAGGCCUUUGCACGGGGAUUGCUGCUCAUACAGCAUCAGAGAAUUCAUACCGGCGAGAAGCCAUAUCAGUGUAGGGAGUGUGGGAAAGCUUUUAUUCGUGGCUCACAGCUCACUCAACAUCAGCGAACUCACACUGGAGAGAAACCUUAUGAAUGCAGGGAAUGUGGGAAGGCCUUUGGUCAUGGCUCUCAACUUACUCUGCAUCAGAGGGUCCACACAGGUGAGAAGCCCUAUGAAUGUAAGGAGUGUAGAAAGGCCUUUGCUCAGAGCUCCCAUCUUUCGCGGCACCAACGAGUUCAUACUGGCAAGAAACCGUAUCAGUGUAAAGAAUGUGAAAAGGCCUUUACACGUGGGUCCCAACUAAUACAACAUCAGAGAAUUCAUAUCAGCCACAAAUCUUUUGACUGUAAUGAAUGCCGAAUAGACUUUAGUCAUCAUUCACAGAUUUUUUAUAUGAGUUAAUUUAUUUUCUGCAACUAACAUAGCUCUCCCUGGCCAUUCAUUAUCAGUGAAGAAUUCUUACAAAUGUGAAUAUGGGACUCGUGAAUUCAGCACUUGAGAAUUUAUGUGGGAGAAUAGAAAUGCUGAUGUAAUUCACAUAGGAAACGGUUUACAUGUUUACACUGUAUUACCUUUUAGCAAAUUAAAAUAGAAAGUGGUCCUGUUGCUGUGGUAUAGAAGGUCUUUAGCAUAGAAAAUGUCUCUAUCGCAUUAUCCAGGUCCUGUCAGUUGGUUUCCUUUGUGACAUUUGGUAUAAGUAAACUGACUUUCAUUUAACCAUUUGUAAGACCCAGUUUUUCAUAAGAUUCUUCUAAAUAUCAUGUUUUGACAUGUAAAAGCACUUGGAUCUGCACCUUUCACGUAGUAUAUCAUAAAUAUUAGCUGCUAUUUUCAUUAUUUUCAUGAAAGGAGGGAACUUAUGAGAGUAGUUAUCAUUAAGAAAUCUUUAUUUUUUGGGAGGCUUUAUACACUGUCAUCAGUGUGAGGAAACUUUCAUUCAGAUCUUAUAUACUUAUUAUAAAAGGAAAUUUAUACUAUAAAGAAACCCUUGGUACUAAUGGGUUAUUGAGUACCACAGUUACAGAAUUGAUUUGUCACAGAGUCCCAAAACUUACACGUUUCACCAUCUCUAACUUGAACUCAAGAACAUUACUAAUACAUGAUGAACUAAGUACUCAAGAUAAAUCCAGGAAAUGAAAAAAUCUUGAAUAUAUGUAGCAGAAUUUUCCCUGUCCAAUCAGUACAACAAGAAGCCUGGUUGGACAGGGAAAUGGGAGGCAGAGCUAAGAGUUGGAGAAACGGAGAGACAGAAAGGAAGUAAAGAAGAUGGAGGAAGAACAGGAUGAUCCAGAUUCUGAGUGGCUUUAGAUAGCCACAGGUAGCUAUGGAUAUAAGAGGAUGGAAUAAUUGGGAUAGCUUGUCUAAUCUAGGUGGGCAGCUUGUAUCAUCAAUUGGCUCUGAAAUUCUUGUGUGGGCAUCUUAUGAAUUGAGAAUUUAUUGAUAUAUAAAUCUGACUGAUUAAUUAUAAACUUCUAGAGUUUUUACUGGGUUAAAGGGAUUUGUGAUCCCUAGCUACAAGGGGUAUAGGCAGCUCUGAGGCAGGGGAACCGGAUCUGGGAAUAGUGCCACCUGGGGCUAGCCUAGAGGCAGCGAGACUGCUGGGGCAGACAGUAGCUGGGUAUAAAUGGGCUGGUGCCACAUUUUUUAAUAUUUCCCGCAAUAAAUAUGUAGUAUUAUGAACUAAACUGAAAGUAAAAAGUUACACACAUAGAUUACUUACAAUAAAAAAAAAAAGACGAAAACAUGAUCUUGUAUCAGAGAAUGAUGUUCUACCCAAUUUUUAUCAUAAAACCUAGGCCAAAACAAAAACCUCCCCCUACCCCCAAAAACUUAUCUCAAUCCCUGUUGCAGACAAGCAAGAUGAAAAUGGUGUCGGUAUGAAUAGAACAUUAAGAAAUGCAUCCUUUCUGCUUCUCCCUGUAGACACGUGAGGUGGAGCCCAGACAGCCUCAUAAGGGGUUUGGAAGUGGUACGUGGGCGUUAUGGAUGGCUGAGGCUGCAAGCCUGUUGAUUUGUGAACAGUCAUACUAACUGUG